AUGAUACCACCACCGGCGCCGUUUAUACUCGACGCACAAGCAAUCAGCGGGAUUACGGGGUCUAUAUCUCUAGCAUGCUGGAUAAUUGUGUUUGCGCCGCAGAUUUAUGAGAAUUUCACUAGAAAGUCGUCAGAGGGUUUGUCUUUGAGUUUUAUAAUAUUGUGGCUUGCAGGGGAUGUGUUUAAUGUGUUAGGGGCAGUGUUACAAGGAGUUUUGCCUACAAUGAUUAUUUUGGCAAUUUACUAUACUUUAGCAGAUAUUGUUUUGCUUUGGCAAUGUUUGAUCUACGGCAACGGUGCAGCAAGGACAGACGACAAUGAGAGCAAAAUUCCUGACUUGAUUCAUUUGUCGCCUGCUAAUCCACUUCACGAAGAUGUUUUAGAAUCUGUUUAUUCGGGAGAAAUCUCAGUUGAUGUUGUUGAUGAUGAUGAUGAAGAACAACAAGGAAACUUGGAACAAGCAGGAAUUAAACAAGCAACUAAACUAACCCAAUUUCAGACUUUUUUAUUAAACAGUUUAAUGGUGGCUCUCGUUAUUGUUUCCGGUUUCAUUGGUUGGUACAUCUCCUAUUUACGAGAUGAGGAUCGUCAAAGAAAACAUCCUGGGAAAAUACACAGGCCACAAGAUCUCGUGUUUGACCCAUUAGCACAGUCCUUUGGCUGGCUAUGUGCUGUUCUCUACCUAGGUUCAAGGAUCCCUCAAAUUGUACUAAAUUAUCAAAGAAAAUCGUGUGAAGGUAUAUCAUUUAUGUUUUUCCUAUUUGCAUGUUUGGGCAACUUAACGUACGUCAUAUCGAUUUUGUCUAUCGAUAUGAGUUGGCACUAUCUAUGGGUAAACAGUUCAUGGCUAGCUGGAUCCUUGGGGACUUUAGGCUUAGAUUUCACGAUUUUUAUUCAAUUCUUUUUGUAUAACGAGAAUGAUGAGGAUAGUAGCAUAUGUGACAGUGAGACUCAAAGCGAAACUUUAACAGAGCCUUUGCUUAAUGUAAAUAGAUCACAGUCCCAAAGCCAAAAUCAAAGCCAAAACCAAAACCAUGAGAGUAAGUCAACUGCUUCCAAGAUGGGUUCUGGUCCCGAAAUUUGUGUUUUGUUAAGAAAAUCUGAAUUGGAGGCAUUGCAAGCAAAGGUUAAAGCUUUCGAGUUACUACAGAGCCAGAGCCAAAAUGAUAAGAAAAAAAAUACGGCCCCAUCAUCGUUAUCAUCAUUACACUCACAGCCAGAAUCUAAAGAUAUCGUGUUUAAUAAGUCUACAAACACGUAUCGAACUGUGAUUUUUUCAACUCACGAAGAAUCAAGACCAGGAUAUAUCCCAUUAGAGAGUGUCACUACGGAUACAAUCGCUGAUUAUCAAUCAAGUAUGUCCGUUACUAGUGAAAUUCGAUUAUCAGAAUUGAUCAAAAAGGCAACAUUUUUAGUAGGCAUAAACCCAUACACCAGUCCAGACGAUAUUAUUAAAUUUCACUCCAAAGUGUCGCCCCGCAACGAUUUAACAAAACCGAGAAACAUGUCACCGUUAUCUUGGUCUUACUUUGUUCGUGGCGACUCCUCAAUGCUAGCACUAAGAAGUUAUGCCUCGAGUCAAAAGGAAAAAGAUUUGAGUGCUAAAAAGCCAAAUGUAGGAAUAACGUAUGAUCCAUUAAAGAUAUUGAUGGUACCCAAAGAUGACAAGAUCAAAUCGGCAUUAAAUUUGGACGGAAGCGAUAUAACUAGAUUCGAAGCAAAAACUGAAGAGACACAAGUAGACCUGUUACUGGGAUACUCUAGAACAACACCAGCAACAAUACAAAUACCAACAAUAGCAGAAGCAUCGACCACGACUGGAGCACCUCCAUCAUCUUCCAGAACAACAACAGCAACAACAACAACAACAACAACAGCAACAACAACAGCAGCAACAACAGCAGAAGCAGCAGCAGCAACAACAGCAGCGAUACCAACAAAUUUCAUGGCAACCAGUAAUAAGAAAACAUCUACACAUACUACCCAUGGGAAAGUAAAUAUGAAAACAUUAGCAUUGGAAUUGUCCGUUUUAGGUGGUACAAAAGACAGAGAAAAUACUCUUAUUGAACAAAUCAAAUCAAUAAUUCCCCCGAAAAAAGUAGUAUGGCUAUUAUUGAAACGUUUUUUGGUUUUGCUAUACCCAAUGAUGCCAUUCAUUAUAGAAGAUAGAUUUCGUGCUUCUAUUGAAAACAUACUUGGCAUGGAAUCCUAUGAAAAUGAAAAGCCAGAAGUUCAUAUACGAAGUCGACAAGAUUUUGCAAAUAUUGGAAUACUUUUUAUAAUACUUCGGUUAUCGUACUUGUCACUUUUCCAUAAUCGAGGUUUUCAUAAUGAGAAAAUCUUGACAAAACUGUAUCUUUCAGAGGAUGAAGCUGAAAAAAAAUAUCUAUUGUUAAAUCCAAUCAACAUCACUACUGCCGAAGUGGCACAGGCAUGCUAUUUUCAUUUACAAAGACUAACUAAAGUUAGCGUGCCAUUAUUGCAAUGUGGAAUAUAUCUUCGCAUAUAUAAAACUUAUUCUCCAGAAGAAGGAGAUGGGUUGGAAGGUAAUGACUGUCAUAUUCAAAUCAGCGAACUAACAGCAAUGAGCUAUGUCCUUGGGCUAAACAGAGAGCCCGAUAAAGUAUUUGAUCUUAAAGAUGAAAAAUUGAAAAACUUGUAUCGUAAAAUAUGGUAUUUUAUGGUACUGUCAGAGCAGAAUUUUGCUUCAGUCUAUGGAUGGCCGGUGCUGAUUAAAAAGACAUCAUAUGACACCAAACGUCCUUAUUUCUCUGAGGAGAAUUCAAACUUGAUGGACAAAGAGAUUGAUAAAACUUCAUAUUUUUUCUUUGCAUUUAUCACUGCGUUGAUUAGAGGACCAGUACACCGAGUAGUUGACUUGUAUUCGGCCAUUGGAGCGGAAGUCAAAGUCAUGGAUUUGACUAAUCAUUUAAACCAUUUGGAACAAGGGUUGAAAACUUUAUUGGGUAAAUUGAGCGACUACAUGUAUGCUUUAGAGGAAGAGAAUCCUGGAUAUCACACUAGUAAAGUGAUGAAAGUUCAAAUUUUACUUAAAAUGAAUGCAUUUUUAAUGUUGAAUUAUUGUCAUUUAAUGGGCUAUUACAAGGGGCGAAAUCGGGGAUUAUGUUUCUUUUACUUGAAGAAAUUGUUCACUAUUGCUCUUUGUGAAAGUUUACCUUAUAUAUUUGCCUUGAUUACCAAGAGCCAUGAGAUUUUUGGGGAAGGCGCUGAUAUAUAUUUGAAUCCCAGUAUUAUUCAAAUCAUUGUUAGAAUCAGUGAUGUGUGUCUAAUUGCAGUGAUUAGAGCAAAUGUGUCUUUAUUUAUGUUACUGAAAAAAGCCGGUCAUAAACAAAGGCAAGAAACUGAUGCCGAAUACAGAAAUUUGCUUGACACAACAAAUAAAUUCAUUAUGAUGAUGGAGAAAUCUUUCCGAGCAUGUCUUGCUGCCGUUUCAAUCUUGAGUAGCAGGUACUAUUUUGCUUGGGAAGUAGUCCGAACUCAGAAUUACUAUUUGAAAUUGGCCACAAGUGCUAGAUUCUAUAAGGAGAAAUAUACAGAAGCAACUGGUUUUCCUAUACCAAAGUGUGAUCAGAUGGUUGAGUUGGUGAAUAUUGCAUCAUCAGGUUUACAGACUUUGCAAGAUUUAGUGUCAACUUUUUGUGAAGAGGUUGAUCUUACCGAGGUGUUUAAAAUUGAUGAAGCUUCCAGUAGCAAACAUCAGCAGCAACAACAACAACAGCAUCAACAGCAUCAACAGCAUCAACAGCAACAACAGCAACAACAACAACAGCAACAACAGCAACAACAACAACAGCAUCAACAACAACAACAACAACAACAACAACAACAACAGCAGCAACAGCAACAUCAUCAUCAUCAACAACAACAACAGAGGGAAAAUGUGCAGGCACAUGCUAUGGCACAAAUGCCAAUCCCGACAGAUACAGGAAUAAAUCUUGAUACAUUUAACGAUGUAGACAGCGGAUAUAACAGUGGAGGAAUCAGCAACACCAGCAACACCGGCAACACCACUACAUCUGAUUCAAACGGAUUGUACUUUACCGGAUUUGAAGAUAUGCGAUUUGACAACAGUGCUGAAAUAGACUCUAUUUGGUUAAAGAUGCUUUCAUUGAAAUCUAAUAGUCAAAAUAGUGGAAUUUCACUAGAGAUGGAUCAACACAGUCUGGGUUAUGGCCAAUAUAAUGGACCAACACUGACAAGUAUUGGAAAUAAUUUCCCUGUGAAUUUUGAUACGUUUGACCAAACUCAAGCUGAAUAUAAUGGGAAUAACGCAUAUCUAGGGAAUGAAAAUACAAAUGGUAGACCUUACCCAUCAGCUAGUCUCUUCAAUUAUUCGGAGCUUUUUGCAGACUUGCCGUUGGACAAAUUAUUUAAUAUUUGA